UCCAAAACUUGCCAAAGAAAAGAAGCAGUGAAGUUUGACUCACUUCUCAGUCCAUGACAUACAUGCUCUUUACUUUCAAGAGAAUCCUCAGGCACAGGACACACGGAACCAGUUUUACAAAGGAUUUUUUUGCUGAGACAAACACACACCGACAUGGAGGAUGACAGACAUUCCUUUGGGGAGUAUUUUGUACAUCGGCAGGUCCUGGAUGAAUUAAGUCUCGAUGAGGUGGCACAAAAAGGAACUUGGUCCACGAAGCCAUCCUUCAGUGAACGCAUGAAAGACUCCCUGAGGUGCUCAGUGCCCCGGACAAAAGAAUUAGUGUUGAGCUGGGUCCCUGUCCUUGACUGGCUUCCCAAAUACUCCAUCAAAGAAAAUGCAGUUGGAGACCUGAUCUCUGGCUGCAGUGUGGGCAUCAUGCAUAUUCCGCAGGGCAUGGCAUAUGCUCUUCUGGCUUCUUUGCGGCCAGUGUUUGGCCUCUACACUUCCCUCUAUCCGGUGCUGGUCUACUUCAUUUUUGGCACUUCCAAACAUGUCUCCAUUGGUACUUUUGCAGUGAUCAGCAUCAUGAGCGGGAGUGUGUCAGAGCGGCUUGCACCAGACAGUAACUUCCUCGUUAACGGUACCAACGGGACAUCGACUGUGGAUUUUGAUGAACGUGACGCUUACAGAGUACAAAUAGCCUGCUCAGUCACAGUCCUGGCAGGGCUGUUUCAGAUUCUGUUGGGUGUGUUGAGAGUUGGUUUUGUGGUCACCUACCUUUCUGAACCACUUGUUCGAGGCUAUACGACAGGAUCCGCAUGUCAUGUGUUAGGCUCUCAGCUCAAAUAUUUGUUUGGAGUUACUCCGGCUCGUUUCUCUGGUCCCCUCUCUCUCAUUUAUACUGUGGUGGAAGUAUGCCGCUUGCUACCUCAGACGGUCAUGUCAGAACUUGUGGUCAGUCUGGUGUCGCUUGCUGUUCUCAUUGUGGUCAAGGAGAUCAAUGCCUGCUACAGGCAGAAACUGCCCAUGCCUAUCCCCAUAGAACUCAUAGUGGUUAUAGCAGCUACAAUCAUCACUCACUUCUGUGGCCUUCCUGCCAAAUACAACAUUGAUGUUGUCGGCGAGAUCCCGAGUGGGCUUAAGGCCCCUCGUGCUCCAGAUGUGACACUCUUCUCUGCGGUGAUCGGUGACGCUUUUGCUAUGGCCAUUGUGGGCUAUGCCAUCACUAUUUCUCUUGGUAAAACAUUUGCUCUCAAACAUGGCUACAAGGUGGAUAGCAACCAGGAGUUAGUUGCUCUUGGCUUCAGCAACACUGUUGGCGGCUGUUUUCAGUGUUACUCCGUGACUGGUUCCAUGUCGCGAAGCCUCAUUCAGGAGAGCACUGGGGGAAAGACUCAGGUUGCAGGACUGAUUUCUUCAUUCAUCGUCCUCAUUACCGUUUUAAAGAUAGGAUCUCUUUUUCAAGAUCUCCCUAAGGCUAUCUUAUCCACAAUCGUGUUUGUGAACUUAAAGGGAAUGUUCAAGCAGUUCAUGGACGUGCCUAUGCUGUGGAGGACCAACAGGUUGGAUUUGCUUGUGUGGCUGGUUACUUUCACAAGCACUAUUCUACUCAACCUGGACCUUGGUUUGGCUGUCUCCAUUGGCUUUUCUAUACUGACCGUCAUCUUUAGAACACAGCUGCCACACUAUUCAAUUUUGGGCCAAGUACCAGCCACUGACUUGUACCUGGACAUAGACACAUACAAAGAGGCUAAAGAGAUUCCAGGCAUUAAAAUCUUCCGUUCUUCGACUACCAUCUACUACAGCAAUGCUGAGAUGUACCUGGAGGCCUUACAAGAGAAGAGUGGGAUUCAAAUUGGGAAGCUUCUGGCAGCUAAGAAGAAACAUGCAACGCUGAAGCAAAAAGAGAAAAAUAAAGCUGAACAAGAGAAGAAAAAUGAAAUGGCCGGUGACCUGCCCGAUGACACAUACUCUUUGAAAGAGCAAAAAAGGGAACAGUUCUGUGCCCAACUGGAAGAGCAUAAACAAGCUGAAUCUCCAGCGAAUGGGAUGUGUAACGGCCAAGUAAACUUGGCUUACCAAGCCGACGUGUCCGAUUCAGUUUACGACACGGUUUAUGACGACAACGUCACACAGGUUUCAAAAGACAGCGAUAAAAAGAGCGGACUCGUCUGUGGGUGCCACAGCAUCAUCUUGGAUGUCUCAACAACCAGCUUUGUGGACACUGUUGCUGUGAAGACCUUGAAAAAUUUAUUCAGGGACCUACAAGAAAUUGAUGUGGAUGCGUAUCUAGCCGGCUGCCAAUCCUGUGUGGUGGAGCAGCUGGAAAGGGCAGAGUUCUUCUCAGAGUCCAUUCCAAAGAGCAGGCUGUUUGUCACUAUUCACGACGCGGUGCUCCACAUUCUCAAGAAACUGGAACAGAGCGACGUCAUCCUUGAUGUUUCCUGCAAUACCGAGAUGUGACCAGCAGAGGGAGGCAUUCUUCAACUUCAUUCUCCAUCUUGUUCUCUCCCGUUGGUCACCAUUGGUGCACCUCCUCCCUUACCAGGGGAGAGUCCACCACCAUAACACAGUGGAUUGGUUGCCAAGGAAUUACAGGGAGCCGUUGCCCUGACAACAGGCUUUUUGUUACAUUGACUAAUGAGAUGGCCAGCUAUACGUCACUGCAUCUACUCCAGGACUCUGAGAGGGGGUUGAGUGGGAGAAUGUAUUACAGGACUAACAGGAAUAGGCAUUUUUAGACCAUAGGAUAGCUGUAAGAGAAAACUACAAUGUCAGUGAUUCUAUCCACAACGUGUGUAGUCUGGGGAGCCCUCUUCGGUCUUAGAUAGAGCUAAUAAAAAAAAAAUGUAAAUAUUUGUUAUAUAAAUAGCUGGCUCAUAACACAUGCAAGAGGUUCUUUCAUAUUGGCUUCAAAGAUUAAAGAAGGGGUACCGUUUGGUUCCCGCCAUAAUUAAUUCCUGUUAUGUUUAAAGAGGGCAGGAACUAUUGAACUCAGCACGGUUGUAUUUAGUCAGUUUUCACGCGCAUCAUGAGCUGUAUUUCAAGAAUACCAUAUGUUAGCGUUUUUCACAUGUUUUGGUAUGCGGAAUAAAGGCCACACAUUAUUAAAGGCCUACUGAAACCCACUACUACCGACCACGCAGUCUGAUAGUUUAUAUAUCAAUGAUGAAAUAUUAACAUUGCAACACAUGCCAAUACGGCCGGUUUAGUUUACUAAAUUGCAAUUUUAAAUUUCACGCGGAGUUUAUUGUUGAAAACAUCGCGGAAUGAUGACGCGUGCGCGUGACGUCACGGACUGUCAGGAAAUAUUAGCGCAGCACCACUCGCGGCUAAAAGUAGUCUGCUUUAAUCGCAUAAUUACACAGUAUUUUGGACAUCUGUGUUGCUGUAUCUUUUGAAAUUUGUUCAAUUAAUAAUGGAGACUAUAAAGAACAAUGCUGUUGGUGGAAAGGGGUGUAUUGCAGCUGUCUUUAGCACCGAGACACAGCCGGUGUUUCUUUGUUUGUUGUGAAGCUUUAACACAGAGCGGUCAAGCGAACAUGUUUCUCUACGUCAACCAGCAUGUCUUUGGAUGGGAAAAUUGUGAUAUUAAGUCUUACCGAAGAAAUCAGUGGAUUAUGGGACUUCCUCCUGCAGUAGUUGUCAAAAAAGGCAGCUGUGAUCUUGGCUCCUCCAUUGGCUUCUCUGAGAGACACUGGCGUUCACCGCAGCCAUCCGACUUUCAGGUAUGUCUUUACAAUCUCACUAAAACACUAUUAAAACAAUAAGCAGAUAAGGGAUCUUCCAGACUGCGAUGAGGUGGCGACUUGUCCAGGGUGUACCCCGACUUCCGCCCGAUUGUAGCUGAGAUAGGCGCCAGCGCCCCCCGCGACCCCAAAAGGGAAUAAGCUGUAGAAAAUGGAUGGAUCUUCCAGAAUUAUCCUAAUAAAUGUGUCUAAUUACAUCUGAAAUGCCGCCUGGAGCCGUCGCCUUUUUUUUUUUUUUUUAAAUCUAGUACUUUACUCUAAACGUCCUCAUCCACAAAUCUUUUAUCCUCGCUCAAAUUAAUGGGGCAAUUGUCGCUUUCUCGGUCCAAAUUGCUCUUACUGCUUGGUGGCUCCCAUGAAAAACAAUGUGAAUAUGUGUGGAGCCCUGCAACUCGUGACGUCACGCGCACAUACUUCCGCUAAAGCCAAGGCUUUUCUAUGAGCGACUAAAAGUUGCGAACUUUAUCGUGGAUGUUCUCUACUAAAUCCUUCCAGCAAAAAUAUGGCAAUAUCGCAAAAUUAUCAAGUAUGACACAUAGAACGGACCUGCUAUUCCCGUUUAAAUAAGAAAAUCUCAUUUCAGUAGGCCUUUAAUGCUUUUACAACGAAUCAAUUAUCAGCGUUUUUAUUUAUUUUUUUUUUUACACACUAAAACUACAAUCCGUGUGGCAUCGUAAAAGUGUUGUUGACCUUAAUAUUUCUGUGGCCUGUUAUUACAACAAAUGAAUAUACAGUUGCUCAGUUGUGGUCAGACACUAAAAUACCUUUUGUGAGCAUGAAUGCAUAAUUAAUUGUGGGAUGUUAAGUUAAAGUUAAAGUACCAAUGAUUGUCACACACAAACGCGAGGUGUGGCGAAAUUAUUCUCUGCAUUUGACCGAUCACCCUUGAUCACCCCCUGGGAGGUGAGGGGAGCAGUGAGCAGCAGCAGUCGCUGCGCCCGGGAAUCAUUAUUGGUGAUUUAACUUCCAAUUUUAACCCCUGGAUGCUGAAUGCCAAUGAGUUAACCCUUAACACUUUUUGCAGAGCACUAAUAUUAUUAACGCAUUUCCCAGGCUAUAACAUUUUGGAAUAUUUUUUUUCAUAUAUUAGCCGCAUCGGACUAUAAACCGCAAAUAUAUACCUGAAGACACCAGAAGACAAUCAAUGUUUAUUUAUAUAGCCCCAAAUCAACAGUGUCUCAAAGGGCUGCACAAACCACAACGACAUCCUCGGUAGAGCCCACAUAAGGGCAAGAAAAACUCACACCCAGUGGGACGUCGGAUGAUUUUAGUUCAUCGUUCGAUUACUUUGCUUAAUCCAUUACAUAAUUGAGCAAUUAUCAGAAAAAAAAAUCUCGAGAUCAGCCGCAGGAUUCAUAACUUGUGGAAAAUGCAGAGGCUUAUAGUACGGAAAAUACGGUAUCCAAGAUUCAUAUUCAGAGUGUUUUGCAUUGAAGUUGAUAUUCUGUCAACUAGGUGUGCUGCUUUGUACAGUAGCAGCAAUCACUUUGUGGUUGAACAUUCCAGAGAAAAGUAUUAUAGGCAAACUCCGUUGGACUGUUUUUUCCUCAAAAAUGCAAAAUGCGGUCAACAUUAGAAAAAACUACAACAGUCCUUAUCAAACAGGAGUGCUGACCACUUCAAAAUAUCUGUUUACAAAAUAUCUGUUUACAAAAUUUGUGGCCAAUUAUUGCUCGACAGGCUAAUGACAUAACAGCUGAUAGACAAUUUCCCUUUUCAGUGGUCACGUUAUGUUGUAGAUUAGCACACAACCAGAGGUACUGUGAUAAGUUUUAAAACAUUACAUAUUUUUAAACCGUUACUUGUAGAGAAAACAAAGGUAGCUACAGUACAGCAGUAACCCUCAUCAGACUUCCAAGAUCGCCCUGUCUCACGCCAUAUCGUCUGGGGGCUUUGCGCCAGCAUCUACUUUUCAAAGUAAAAGCUUGCUUUCCUGUCUCCUUCUUACUUUGGUGGGAGGUAUUUUUAAGUAAACAGUACCGGCAACUAUAAAAAUGAAUAAAAUACUUAAAAAUAUAUAUAUUACAAAGGAGUUUAAAG